AUGCGCAGACCAAAGCGAAGGGUCGUGUGCAACUCUAAUGCUAGAUGGGAUGUAAGCUGGCGAUUUUCGAGUGCAAACCCCCCGACUACGAGAAACACAAUUUUAAAUAAUCGACGGAUGGAGACAGAGCUGGUAAAGUGUGAACCAAACAGCCCUUUGGGCCUGGGACGUUGCACUGUCCAAGUUCUUGAUGACAACUUUCGACGUGAUGUUUUUUCUGACUACAGUGGUCAUGAUGAUUAUGGAUCAGACCGCUCUUACCAGGGUGACAGUGGUGAUAAUAUAUCUCCAUGCAGCAAUGAUGUUAAACCAGACUUUAGCACAACUGCUAUGAUCUCUGACCAGGAGAAUCCAGAUGGAAGCAAGAAGAUUUGUUUAGUUUGUGGCGAUGUUGCAUCUGGAUAUCAUUAUGGGGUGUCAUCAUGUGAGGCAUGUAAAGCCUUUUUUAAGAGAACUAUACAAGGUAAUAUAGAGUAUUCAUGCCCUGCCAACAGUGACUGUGAAAUAACAAAACGACGUCGAAAGGCAUGCCAGGCAUGUCGAUUCCAGAAAUGUCUAAGUGUCGGCAUGCUACGAGAAGGAGUUCGGUUAGACAGAGUACGUGGAGGUCGUCAGAAAUAUAAACGCAGUCCGGAUUCACAACCUUUAACACAGUAUCCAAUUCAUUCACAGACAAUUAUUAAGAAGUCAUGUUUGGAACGGAAACCACGAACAGAAAAGAGUGUGUUGCCCCCUGGUUCAGACAGCAAAAUCAUGGAGUCUCUCCUGGCCAUUGAGGCACAACUGGAUAAACUGUAUGCAUCCCCUGAUCCAGAAAUACCAGAAAAUGAGGUUAAAUUCAUGUCCAUUGUUUCAGACCUUGCAGACCGUGAACUGGUUGUCACUAUCAGCUGGGCAAAACAGGUGCCAGGAUUUGCCAGUCUUCCCCUGGGUGACCAAAUGAAUCUCCUACAGCAUUCAUGGCUUGAGAUCUUAUGUCUGAACCUUGCUCAUCGAUCCUGUCCUUACAACCACUUCUUGAAGUUUGCAGAAGAUUUCAAAAUUGACCAAGAACAAGCAGCAAAUACAUAUGGUUGCUCACCUGAGAUGGACAACCUUAGCCGGAAACUCGCCAGUAAAAUCACUAGUCUUGGCGUAACAAAAGAAGAGUACAUACUUUUGAAGGCCUUAAUACUUUGCAACCCAGAUGUUACUCCUGAUAGCAAUGGAUCAGUGAAACAACUACAGGAUAAAUUCCAUGAUACACUGAUUGAAUAUGUGAAAACAAAACACACAGGGAACAUGAGACGACUUGGCCACUUGUUUAUGCUGCUGCCGCAUCUGACACAUGGGAUUAAGGAAUGGAAAAAUAAUCUAAAAUGUAGAUUAGUAAAUAAUGAAGCAAGUUCCUAG